UCAGCCGUGUUGGAGGGUGAAUACGCAGGCCAGCGGGUCGCCGUUAAGAACAUCAAAUGUGACGUAACCGCUCAGGCCUUCCUGGAAGAGACGUCGGUCAUGACAAAUCUCCAUCAUAAGAAUCUGGUGCGGUUAUUAGGAGUGAUUCUUCACAACGGACUUCACAUCGUCACCGAGCUCAUGACGAAGGGGAACCUGGUGAAUUUUCUUCGAUCACGAGGACGUUUUGCGGUCAGUGCGACGCAGCUGCUGCGCUUUGCACUAGAUGUUUGUGAAGGUAUGGAGCAUCUGGAGUCAAAGAAACUCUUGCACCGAGAUCUCGCCGGACGCAACAUCCUCGUGUCUGAAGACACCGUCGCCAAAGUCAGUGAUUUCGGUCUGGCCAAGGUCAGUUCAACGGCAACCGACAACUCAAAGUUACCCAUCAAGUGGACGGCGCCCGAAGCCUUGAAGAAGAAGAAGUUCUCCGCUCAGUCAGACGUGUGGAGCUACGGAGUCCUGCUGUGGGAGAUCUUCUCGUACGGCAGACAGCCGUAUUCCAAAAUGUCGUUGAGUGAGGUGCGGGAGUGUGUGGAUCAGGGUUACCGCAUGGAGCCGCCGGACGGAUGUCCUCCUGACGUCUACAGCAUCAUGACGUCCUGCUGGGAGACGGAGCCCAAGAGGAGACCGUCCUUCCUCAAGCUCCGAGAGCGGCUGGAGAAAGAGCUCGGCAAACAGCACGCGGCCGCUUGAGCUCGUCUCUGCAGGAGCUCACCACAUGUGUAUAAAGUACAUCUAAUUUAUUAUUCAUCACACUUCAUAUUUGUUUUUAUUUCCGUUUCAUGCU